AUGUGUGAUAGUAUUUUGGAAGACAUCUUCAUAAAGCGCUCACAACAGAGGAGGAAAACCUCACCCUUGAACUACAAGGAGAGAUGGUUCAUCCUCACACGGGACAAACUCUCUUACUACGACUACAACGCCGAUAAAGGGAAGCGAAAAGGUCUGAAGGGCUCAGUGGACCUGGAGAAGAUUAAAUGUGUGGAGACGGUGCAGACGGAUCCCGACAGCCCACAGGACCGCAUGUAUGCAUUCCAGGUCAUUUAUGAUGAAGGGCCGCUGUACAUCUUUGCAAAAACAGAGGAAGUUCGAGCUCAAUGGAUAAAGAAGCUGAAAGAAUUGGUGCAGACCAACAAGGACCUGAUGCAAAAGUAUCACCCAUGCUUCUGGAUCGAUGGCAUGUGGUUAUGCUGCCAGCAGGAAGUCAAGCAUGCGAUGGGGUGUAAGGUUCUGAAUAAACACAAUGGUUUCAUGUAUGGGAGGGGAUCCUGCAAACCUUUGCCCCCGACUCCUUUGGAGGAGAAGCCCAGCCGGCGGUCACCGCCGCAGCUUCCCGAAGCCGACAAACCCCCCGCGGGCACGAAUGUCAUAGCUCUUUACAACCACCCAGCCAUGAUGUCUCAUGACCUGGAGCUGAAUAAGGAUGAGGAGUACACCAUCCUGGAUGCGUCUAACCCUAACUGGUGGAGAGCCAGAGAUAAAUACGGAAAUGAGGGGUACAUACCCAGUAAUUAUGUGGUGGAAGUUGGAAAUGGCUUAGAUAGACACGAUUGGUACUGCAAGAAUACAAACCGCAGUCAAGCAGAGGAGCUACUGAAGACUGAGAACAAAGAUGGAGGCUUCAUGGUGCGAGACUCCAGCAAGCCAGGGAAGUACACAGUGUCUCUAUUCAGUAAAGGAGGCGGAGAGGCUGGUGGCUGCUGCAAACAUUACAACAUUUGCAUCACGCCACAGGGGCAGUACUACUUGGCAGAAAAGCACAACUUCAACACCAUCCCGGAGCUCAUCUACUACCAUCAGCACAAUUCAGCAGGCAUGUUUAGCAGGCUUAAAUAUAUAGUGUCCAAUCGAACAAGGCCUCCAUCCACAGCAGGGCUUGGAUAUGGUAUGUGGGAGAUCGACCCCUCCUGCCUAACCUUCAUUCGGGUCCUUGGUAUGGGUCAGUUCGGAGAGGUACGGCACGGAAAAUGGAAGGGCCAGCAUGAUGUUGCUAUCAAGAUGAUUAUACCCGGAGCCAUGUCAGAGGAUGACUUCAUAGAGGAAGCCAAGAUCAUGAUGACGCUCCACCACGAAAAUUUAGUGCAGCUGUACGGCGUGUGCACCAAGACGAGCAACAUCUACAUUGUCACUGAGUUCCUCUCCAACGGCUGCCUGCUCACCUACCUAAGAGAGGGUCUCAGGCAGCACCCCACCUCUGUACAGCUCCUGGAAAUGUGCAAAGAUGUCUCUGAGGGCAUGGCCUACCUGGAGUCCAAACAGUACAUUCACAGAGAUCUGGCUGCCAGGAACUGCUUGGUUGAUGGCAAUGGCACAGUCAAAGUGGCGGACUUUGGGCUUUCAAGAUACGUCCUCGACGACGAGUAUACAAGCUCGGCGGGUUCCAAGUUCCCUGUGCGUUGGUCGCCACCUGAAGUUCUCCUCUGUUGCAGAUUCAGCAGCAAGUCGGACAUCUGGGCUUACGGGGUGCUGAUGUGGGAGGUUUAUACUUUAGGGAAGCUCCCAUACGACCGGUUGAACAACAAUGACAUCGUGGCUCAGGUGUCCCGAGGCCUGCGACUGUACCGUCCUCAGAUGGCUUGUGAGAAGGUCUACAGCAUUAUGUCAUCGUGUUGGCUUGAUAAGGCUGAUGAGAGACCCACCUUCCAGGAGCUGGUAUUCACUGUACAGGAUUUGCUAUAUGAACUCCAAUAG